AUGAACUUACCUACAACAAGUGAUGUCUGUUCCGAAGAAAACCAAUCUCAUCAAGAUUUAUCUGAAAACAUGUUAGCUGAAACUGAUGAAAAUAACCAGCCUCAGCCUCAGUUCACAUCUGAUAACCCGAAAUCUACUGGAACAGCCCAAAAGUUGCCACAGCUUCUGGCAUAUUCCACACCCAAGAAAGAUCCACUUUCGUCAUUUACUAAAUUUAACUCCAAAUACAAUAAUAGAUAUUUUUGCAAAACGCAGUAG